CGAGGAGGAGCGCGGGGAGGAGCGCGGAGGAGGAGCGCGGGGAGGAGGGCGAGGGGAGGGAGGAGGCGCCCGCCCCGCUCCCUGCAAAGCGGCCUUAUUUAUCUGGGCACAGCCACAGCCUCCCCGGUGGGAGGCUCCGGCGGCCGAUCCUCUCCCACCGGGGAGCUCCGCUCCGGGCGCCGCGGAGAGGGCCCGGCGGGGCGCGGGGCGCGACCGGGCUCUGCCCGCCAGUCCAGCAUCUCGGCUGCCUCUGAGCUCGCCCGCGCCCAUGCUGGGCUCUCCAUGACGCGAGGUCGCCGGGCGGACAGCGUGGCAUGAGCCAGGAGCCCGGGCCAAGAGCCUUCGAGGAAGAUGUCGAGCCCAGGUGUCAACGGCGACCCCAAGCCUCCGUGCUUGCCUCGAAAUGGCCUGGUGAAGCUGCCGGGCCAGCCCAACGGCCUGGGUGCAGCCAGCAUCACCAAGGGUACUCCUGCUGCCAAGAACCGUCCCUGCCAGCCACCGCCCCCACCCGCCCUUCCACCUCCCAGCCUGGCCUCUCCACUGUCCAGGGGCCCGCUGGCUGGGGGCCCCUGCCCCCUGGCAGGUGGACCAGCCUCAGCCUCGGUGCCUGGACCCCCAGCAGAGCGGCCACCGCUGGCCACAGAUGAGAAGGUCCUCAACGGCCUCUUUUGGUACUUCUCAGCAUGUGAGAAGUGCGUGCUGGCCCAGGUGUGCAAGGCCUGGCGGCGUGUGCUCUACCAGCCCAAGUUCUGGGCAGGCCUCACGCCUGUGCUGCACGCCAAGGAGCUCUACAACGUGCUGCCUGGUGGCGAGAAGGAGUUCGUGAACCUGCAGGGCUUUGCUGCACGUGGCUUUGAGGGCUUCUGCCUGGUUGGGGUCUCCGACCUGGACAUCUGUGAGUUCAUCGACAACUAUGCGCUCUCCAAGAAGGGGGUCAAGGCCAUGAGCCUCAAGCGCUCCACCAUCACCGAUGCUGGCCUAGAGGUGAUGCUGGAGCAGAUGCAGGGCGUGGUCCGCCUGGAGCUGUCGGGCUGCAACGACUUCACUGAGGCCGGGCUGUGGUCCAGCCUGAGUGCCCGCAUCACCUCGCUGAGCGUGAGCGACUGCAUCAAUGUGGCAGACGAUGCCAUCGCGGCCAUCUCACAGCUGCUGCCCAACCUGGCAGAGUUGAGCCUGCAGGCCUACCAUGUGACGGACACGGCACUGGCUUACUUCACAGCGCGGCAGGGCCACAGCACACACACGCUGCGCCUGCUCUCUUGCUGGGAGAUCACUAACCAUGGAGUGGUCAACGUGGUGCACAGCCUGCCCAACCUCACGGCGUUGAGCCUCUCGGGCUGCUCUAAGGUCACGGAUGAUGGUGUUGAGCUCGUAGCCGAGAACCUACGCAAGCUGCGCAGCCUCGACCUGUCGUGGUGCCCUCGCAUCACAGACAUGGCACUAGAAUAUGUGGCCUGUGAUCUGCACCGCCUGGAGGAGCUUGUGCUGGACAGGUGUGUACGCAUCACGGACACUGGCCUCAGCUAUUUGUCCACCAUGUCGUCCCUCCGCAGCCUCUACCUGCGAUGGUGCUGCCAGGUGCAGGACUUCGGGCUGAAGCACCUCCUGGCUAUGAGGAGCUUGCGUCUCUUGUCUCUGGCAGGCUGCCCACUGCUGACCACCACGGGGCUGUCCGGCUUGGUGCAGCUGCAGGAGCUGGAGGAGCUGGAGCUGACCAACUGCCCCGGAGCCACACCCGAGCUCUUCAAGUACUUCUCGCAGCACCUGCCCCGCUGCCUAGUCAUCGAGUAGCGCUGGGCUCCCGCCCUGGCCGCGGGAACCCGCCACGCUCUGGGCGGGGCGAGGGGCUCUUCCCAGCUCCUCCGUCGACCCUGCCAGCAGACGCGCGUACGAUCCCGCGCGGGAGGCGGGGCGAGCCGAGGACAGCCCCGCCCCGUGCCGCCCUCGGCCCCUCCGCUUCUCUUCCUGCCCGCCCCGGGCAGGGGACGACGGGGUCAGCCCCACGCACGCACGCACACUCGGGGACUUUGUGCAUGCCCCUCGUGCCCGCACUGCACGCCCGCCCUCCACCACGCCACAGCCGCUGCCAUCACUCGCCCGCCCCGCUGGGGGGCUCAGUCCCUGGGGGGCACUUUGAGCCCCGCCGCCUUCCCUGCCACACCCCGCUCUCUGCCUCCCCGCUGUACCCCAUCCCGGGCAGGGCCCAGAGGAUUGGGGGGCAGGGUCCCCCAGGACUCAGGGGCCCGGAAGAGCCUCAAGGACCUCCAGCAUCUUCCACUGUACCGCGCCUGGCGCCCUCUCUCCGAGGGGUGCGGAGAGACUCAGGCCACUGCCAAAGCCAUGGCCCGCUGAGGAGCCCAGCUCCAAGCCCCUCCCUCCCCGUGCCUGCCUGACACAAAGGGCCUUCCUCCCUUACCGUUAAGUGGGCAGUCCCUGUCCACCGCCGCCCACACUGGAUCUUCACAGGUCCUUGGCCCCUGGCCCCUAGGAUAGCAUCGAGAUGACGAUGGCCUUGGAGUAACCAACAUUAGCUCAGUCGAGCCAACCCACCUCAGCCUAGGAGGAUGCAGGCACCUUGAGAGACCCCGAGUUGGAGUCACUCUUAGGGUUGUCAGGCUUGGGAGCUUCUGACCGCCGAUCCACACUCCAGCCCUGGGCCAGCGGGACUCAGGCCUCUGAGCACCGCAAUUCAUCCUGAGCAAGUCUGUGCAGAAGUGGGCCCAGCCAAGGGGUCAGGAUCAGUACUGACCAGAGACUGAUCUUCCAGUGGCCAGCACAUCAUCCACACCCCGCGGAGGGAGGGCUCCUUUCUAAUCCCACCCCAUUCGUCCCUCCCCAGCUUCCCAAACCUCUGCCUGCCCAAAUGGGCUCCAGCCGUGUUCUGUCUGAUCCCAAGACGUUUGGAAGUUCUGGGGGAUGCUGGCACAUCUUGGCAAUGCUGAGGAGGGGGCUGGGACCCCUUUCCAUCCCAACCUUGAGCCCCAGGAGAUAUAGCAUCCACACAAUCUUGGGACACCCCUGUCUGGUUGGAAGGGAGAAACCAGAGAGCCAGAGAGUGAAAGAGCGAGAGAAAGAGAGCGAGUGAGUGAGAGAGAUGCUGUUGAAGCAGAGAGACGGUUCAACAGCCCAAAGAGUUCCCUGCCCCGGAGUGCCCACGAGGAGGCUCCGUGUGGAAGUGGUAGGAGCCAGUUUCUUCAGGCCCUCCUCCCAUAGCCCCCCAGUGGGGAGGGGGCAACUGUCCAUUUGCCCAAAGUAUUAAUGCAACUGAAGCUGUGAUAUUUCCAACGACUGUAGGAGGGAAAUUUAAGGGGAGAGAGGAAAACAAAACCAACCAACCCCUAAAAUCAUUUUCUUAUUGUACAUAACGACCUCAUUCUCCUGUAUAUGCGGAAGAUAUAACCUUAUAUUUGGUAAGUGUUUCUUGUGCUAUUUUAUCACGUGACCUGUUUAUAAAAAUAUAUAUUAAAAAAAGUUG